UUCGAGAUCUCCCUUUUUCUGCUCCGCAGCCACUUUAUCCCCUCCCUCCCCCCUCACGCGGAGGAAACCGGAGUCGCGCGCCGCUGUCGCCCAUUUAAACCGUCUGAGCGUCCGCUCCAGGUGAACGAGCAGGUGGCGACGGACGGGACGUUUGCCUGCAGUACAGCCCUUCGCUUGUGGUGGUGAUUUUCCUACCCGGUGGCCGGCCGGCCCUGUACGAGUGGCCCUUUCUCUUCCUUCCCGGAGCUUCUCAGGCCGUCUCGCUUCUUCUGUGCUUGACCCGGUUUUCAUUCCGCCCGCCCAUUCUGUCCCGGACUCAGUAUGUCGGUGGUGGGAAUCGACCUGGGCUUCCAGAGCUGUUAUGUGGCUGUGGCCCGAGCGGGGGGCAUCGAAACGAUCGCCAAUGAAUACAGCGACCGCUGCACCCCGUCAUGUAUAUCCUUUGGACCCAAGAAUCGUUCAAUUGGAGCUGCAGCUAAAAGUCAAGUAAUUUCAAAUGCAAAGAAUACAGUGCAAGGUUUCAAAAGAUUUCAUGGCCGUGCAUUUACAGAUCCUUUUGUUCAAGAUGAAAAAGCCAAGCUUGCUUAUGAACUUGUCCAGAUGCAGUCAAAUUCUAUUGGCAUCAAGGUUAUGUAUAUGGAAGAAGAACGAAAUUUCACAGUUGAGCAGAUGACAGGAAUGCUUCUCACAAAGCUAAAAGAAACUGCAGAGAAUGCACUUAAGAAACCUGUAGUUGAUUGUGUUGUGUCUGUUCCGUGUUUCUAUACUGAUGCAGAGAGGAGAUCUGUGAUGGAUGCUACACAAAUUGCUGGACUCAACUGCUUGCGAUUGAUUAAUGAAACUACUGCAGUUGCUCUUGCAUAUGGCAUAUAUAAACAAGAUCUUCCUGCAUUAGAAGAGAAACCAAGAAAUGUUGUAUUUGUUGACAUAGGGCAUUCAGCUUAUCAAGUUUCAGUAUGUGCAUUUAACAAGGGAAAACUGAAGGUUCUUGCAACAGCGUUUGACACAAUACUUGGUGGCAAGAAAUUUGAUGAAGUAUUAGUAAAUUAUUUUUGUGAAGAAUUUGGGAAGAAAUAUAAAUUAGACAUAAAGUCCAAAAUUCGUGCACUGUUGAGAUUAUCUCAGGAAUGUGAAAAACUGAAGAAGUUAAUGAGUGCAAAUGCCUCUGAUCUACCAAUGAACAUAGAAUGCUUCAUGAAUGACAUUGAUGUCUCUGGGACAAUGAACAGGAGCAAAUUUUUAGAGAUGUGUGAUGACCUGUUAGCUAGAGUUGAACCACCACUUCGCAGUGUAUUGGAGCAAGCUAAAUUAAAGAAGGAGGACAUCUAUGCAGUAGAAAUUGUAGGAGGAACUACAAGAAUACCUGCUGUAAAAGAGCGAGUCAGUAAAUUUUUUGGUAAAGAAGUCAGUACAACUCUGAAUGCUGAUGAAGCUGUCACACGAGGCUGUGCACUGCAGUGUGCUAUUCUAUCCCCAGCUUUUAAAGUGAGAGAAUUUUCUAUCACAGAUUUAGUACCGUAUCCUAUUUCUUUGAAAUGGAAUUCCCCAGCAGAAGAAGGAAUAAGUGAUUGUGAAGUUUUCCCAAAGAAUCAUGCUGCUCCAUUCUCCAAGGUUCUCACAUUCUACAGGAAGGAACCUUUCACUCUGGAAGCUUAUUAUAGUUGUCCUAAGGAAUUGCCUUAUCCAAAUCCUGCCAUAGCUCAGUUUUUAGUUCAGAAGGUAAUGCCACAAGCUGAUGGAUCCAGUUCAAAAGUUAAAGUAAAAGUCAGAGUAAACAUCCACGGCAUUUUCAGUGUUUCAAGUGCAUCACUGGUGGAAGUUCAUAAAUCAGAAGACAAUGAGGAGCCCAUGGAAACAGAUCAGCAAGCAAAAGAGGAAGAGAAAAUGCAAGUUGACCAGGAAGAGCAACAGAAGACUGAGGAACAUCAGCAGCCAGCUCAAGCAGAAAACAAGACUGAAUCUGAGGAAAUGGAGACAUCUCAAGCUGGAUCAAAAGAGAAGAAAACAGAUCAACCUCCUCAAGCCAAGAAAGCUAAAGUAAAGACAACAACAGUUGACCUUCCUAUAGAGAAUCAGUUGGUGUGGCAGAUAGGAAAGGACAUGCUAAACUUAUUUAUUGAGAAUGAGGGUAAAAUGAUCAUGCAGGAUAAACUGGAGAAGGAACGGAAUGAUGCCAAGAAUGCAGUUGAGGAGUAUGUUUAUGAAAUGCGAGACAAGCUUUGUAGCGUGUAUGAAAAAUUUAUUAGUGAAGAGGAUCGUAAUACUUUUACUCUGAAGUUGGAAGAUACAGAAAAUUGGUUAUAUGAAGAGGGUGAAGACCAGCCCAAACAAGUAUACAUUGAUAAACUGGCAGAACUGAAAACUGUGGGACAGCCUAUUCAAGUGCGAUUUCAAGAAUCUGAAGAAAGACCAAAAGCCUUUGAAGAGCUUGGAAAGCAAAUCCAACAAUAUAUGAAAGCUGUUCUUUCGUUUAAAGCAAAGGAAGAGCAGUAUGACCACUUAGACCCUGCAGAAGUGGCCAAAGUGGAGAAGAGUGUCAAUGAGGCAAUGGAAUGGAUGAACAACAAGCUCAAUCUCCAGAACAAACGAAGUCUUACUUUGGACCCUGUUAUCACAGCUAAGGAGAUCGAUGCAAAAACAAAAGAACUGAUAAACAUGUGUAAUCCUGUAAUCACCAAACCGAAACCCAAGGUGGAACCUCCAAAAGAAGAUCAGCAACCAGCAGAACAGAAUGGGCCAGUAGAAGGGCAGGGUGAUGGCAACAGAGGAUCUAAGACUGCUGAACAGAGUACUGAUUCACCAGCCCCAUCAUCUACAGAAAAGAAACUCCCUGAAAUGGACAUUGAUUGAAUUCCAGCUCUUGUUUAUAUUAGAAACUACAAUAAAGCUUUAAGUGGUCAACUUCAUGUUUUGAAUAUAAAUGGGAGCCAAGUGAGAACUGCAACUUUCUCACAGUGUGCUUUUGGGAUGGGAUUGGUCAGUAUGAAGCAUCUUAACUCUUUGGUAGCGAACUCUUCAGUUGGAUAAGUUCAGUAUUUUUUCAUAUGAUAUUAGACUCCCCAGGUAAUUAAUAGAUUUGCAAAAAGUCAUAGCUUUUUACUCCUCAGUUUAAUCUUGUACCUGCGGUGAGUCCCCUUUUGAAAAGAGCGAGGGCAACUGGAAAGUAAUUUUGUUCUUUUAAUUUACCACUAGAUUGCUAUUGUGGAUUUCAACUGCUGCAUUAUAAGUAUCCAUUGACAGAAAAGUGCAAGAGAUGUUUGAAGUUCUGGUUUUGUUGCACAGGAGCAUAAUAAAAGUACAAGUUUUUGAUCUUUUUGCAAUUACAGAAACAAUAAUGGCAUGUUUUCUAGCUGGAAGUUUAAUUCAUUUCACAUUGUACUAUUCAUAGUUAUGUGAGGUAUAUGGCACCUUAGGUCAGAUUACAUGUUUGUGCUAAAUGGAAAGAAGUGAAAUGGCUGGAAUACUUUUUCCAGUUCAUGUCCACACUCCAUAAUGAAUAUUAAUGUCUUUGGACAUUCUAUCAAAUCGUUUCUGAUAUGCUGAGUAGCCAGUAUAUACCUAAAAUCUGCCAUUAGAUGCAAAUAUGUAUGCCAAUGGUAAAUUCUCCCCAACUAUAUGAAAUGCUGUGUAAAUUUUUGUCUCUAGUUUAAGUAGUUGCUUGUAGGAAAAAGAAGAAAUACUGCUAUCUGUCUGCACUUAUGGAUGAUUCUGAUUAGUUGCUAACCUUGAAGAGAAUAUUUGCUUCCUACAUUUGAAGUGCUCAUCUUUAACUUCCAACAAAAGAACAAGUCUGGCAGUUUUCUCCUGUGCUUCUUGACACUUUGGCUGUGUUUCUUCUAGUAUUGAUAAUUGUUAUAAACUUGUAUGUGUUGAAAUCAAAUUGGAAACAUCCAUACACAUUGCAAGAAAUAAAUGCACUGGACUGGACUGGAUUUUUAAACUGUUGAUUAUGGGUGAAAGACAUCAAAUUCUUGAGAGUGGAAAAGAAAUUCAGAAUCUUUCUUUUGCAAUAGUGUAUCUUAAGAAAAACCCAAACAACCUGAAAUGGACUUGUUUAGAAAACUGAAUUUUUUAAUAUAUCUAUCGCAUAUUACAAUCACACAUGAGUUACGCCAUUUUUGUUCUGCCUUACAGCUUUUACCUUAGACCUCAAGCUAGUGCUUGGAUCCAGUUAAGUGCUAAUAUACACGGGACUGAUGGUGUACGGAAAUUUCAAAGAGUUAUUCUUCCCUCCAUAAAUCGUCAGAUUUCAGUCAAAAGAAAAAACAAUGCUUAUGUGUUGGAAGAGCUUUCCAAGAAUACCUUAAGUUUAAAUGACAACUCAGAAUAUUAUUGCUGUUGUGGGGGGCAUGUUCUAUCUGUUCUUCAACUGCUGUCUGUUAAGGAUAGCUCCAACCCUUUCCUUCAAAUGAAAUAAAUUAUUUAGCUCUCGCAAGCCCCAA